UGCCAACCAAGCCAACCUUGCCAAACAGGCCAAAUAAACCAAACAAGCCAAGCAAUCCAAACAAGUCAACCCAUAUUUUGUCCGCCAGAUCAACAGCCUUGUCAACCAGCUUAUCCAUGUACACAACMAUGUCCACCAUGUGCAAACCCACCUUGCCAACCUCCAACACCAAUAUGUCCGGGUCCACCCUGCAUACCUACACCUAAACCAAAGAAAUGUCCACUAUCACCAUACAGUAAACUAAAUUGUUACAAACAUCCCAAGGACACUACUAAGAACUUAGUCUGGGUAACUCCAGGAGUUGCUCCAAAGAAUAUGCCAGAUUGGGAUAAGUAUUUGAGUACUUUGGUGUGCCAGUGUUCAAAAUCGGCCAAAAAGAGAGGCUUUACAUAUUUUGGAGUGAAGUACUUCAAGCCAAAAAACAGCCUUUUCUACAGGGGUGCRUGUUUCACUACUUCUAAGCCGAACAAAAACUUGCUUCAAGAAGACAAAAGAUGUAUGGACUGUACUAAAGGUGUUUGUAAUCUUAAUGAUAAAAAUGAUUGCACUGGGAGAAAGAAUUCAAUCUUCUGUUACAAACGAACAGGCGAAAUUGAAGAACAAGAAGAACAAGAACAAGAAGAACCUGAGGAUCCUGAAGAAAUUGAAGAACCUAGAAAAACUAAGGAUCCUGGAGUAUUAGAUUCUAAUGGUACUGGUGACAAUGAUGCAAAGUAUGGUCGUACUAACAGCACCACUCAAGACGCGAGUGAAGCCAAAUUAGUACAGAGACUUSAAARCAUGUAAUCUUUCGAAGCUGGACUUGAAUCACAAUCUWAAGGCUUUUUAGUUGUGAUAUAUUUCUAAUUUGCAAUUUCCAUUUCAAACUGGAAGUUUGUGAUGCGAUGUAUAUUUGAUUAAAUAAAGCCAGGCGCGUAGUGUCCUUUACGCACAUACGCACUUGCAUACUAGUGUCAAGGAAACUAUUAAAAUUUUCCCMAAAAAAACUGAAAACUUCAAAUAAAA